AUGAAAAAGAUUCUUGAUGCUCUGCUUGGUAGAACCUUCAAGGCCUCCAAGUUUCUGCAUGUGGGGAGUCUGGCUAUGACGUGCAUCGCCUCGAAGAAAGACCAGCACCAAGCCCAGUGCUCCCAAGCCCAGUCCGCUGUCGUUCUGCUCCUUAAGCAUGGUUACCAUAACCGUGCUCUCCUUCGAGUUGAGCGUAUAAUCAACGAACUAAGGAUGUUGGAUGCACUCAAUAUGAUAGAGGGCUAUCUCAAUCUUCUGAUUGAAAGGGUAAACCUCAUAGAAAAAGAAAGGGAGUUUGCUACUUGUGCUAUUGAAUUACGCUUGAACUGCAGAGUAAAUCCUAAGAUGAUACUACUACUAUCAACCAGGCAGCCAAUCUUGAAAUGCAGAAUGAAACUGCUCAACGACAUUGCAUCUGACAACAACAUAGCUCUGCAACUUGAGAACGCUGUUUCUAUUUCGACUGAGGAAAAUCUGGAUGUGAACAAGAAGCAAAACCAGCCUGGGGAUAGUUGGGGAAUUGUGCGUGAAAAGAUCAAGAACGAUGAUAUGUUCACAAGAAAAUCUAGGGAUGUAACUCACGCACCUGAAGUUGCAUUUGAGCCAGCUACUUGUGCACAUCUUACAAACAUAAGGGAAAGACCAAUAUCUGUCGGGACUAGACAAGUUGGUGUCCAGUGA